AUGCCGCUUUCCUUGAGAGUCUUAUUAAGCCCGCUGCUGCUUCUAAUCAUCGCAGGAAGCACCGGCGCCUUCAGCUCCCGGCAAGGAGAAUGCUUGUUUCCAGCGAAAUGGGAAGGUGCGUGGUUCCAAAGUGGCGUGAGGCAAUCAAUAUUAAUUUCCAAGAACGAAUUAUCCACCAAGGGCAGGUGUCUACACAACGAAGGUGACAAGUACCUACUGGUAGAUCAAAAAUCAUGCUAUCGUUGUGUCGUCAUUCACGAGAAGCAUUCCAACGUUCUGCAGUAUAAAGAAACUUUUUGCCACAGUAGGAACUCUCUGGCGUCUCUCUGCUCGUAUAUUACGGGGGAUGCGUUACUGUACUCCAUGUUCCGCGAGGAGGCACUCCCUGUAGCGUGCCCUUUUCGCGGCCCCAUGACCUUUUCGUACAAUCGUGGCCACGGCACGUGCUCGAAUCCACCGAGCAAUGUCGACACUUGUACAGAUGACAGCAGACUUCUCUUCAAAUACCAGGCCUGUCCUGAUGUACCCGCUUCAGAGAGUGCAGUGGAGGAGUUGGAAUGUCUGGCCACCUGGAAGGAGGGCAGCAGCCGUUACUUAGUCGGCCGUUUGCAUCACGGCCACGCGUCCAGUAACGAAGAUCGAUACCGGUGCUUCGUUUACGAAAAGGCAGGCCAGACUGUGCAGGGUAAUCUGAACAGGGCGGCCAUGGGUAUGGGCACCAUGGACCACGAAGUCGCCUUACCGGGCGGGCCGGUGCCCGAAGGUUCCGCCGAGGUAUACCGGGUGGCACAAAGUGGCGACGCGACGUGCAACGGUCUGUUCAGUCCCAUGGAAGGUUCCCGAACGAUGACCCUGAGGAAAGUCUCGUCCCCGGGCGAAUGUCGGUUCCCAAAUUGGCUGACUGGACACUCAAGCGGCGGAUUGACCUGGCAUACUCUGGACCUCGGCAGAUCCUAUACGUUUCAUCCGCGAAACGCGUCUUUGCACGUCACUAGACCGAACACGACUUCGUCAAGUUUUGAAAGCGGGUCCAUGGACUUGCAAUACGUGCCUGGACCGGAAGAUCAGGACGUGAAGAUUCUUUGUAACAGCAUAAAACAGUCGAAUGGUGCACAGACUAUGAUGACGAUGACACUGGUAGCACACUUCACUGUUGGCUGUCGGAGUGGUUUUAUGUGCAUGACAUUCUACCGAAGAGACGGCCACGUGAUCGAGCUACAAACGGGAAGUGCGGUAUCUAGACCGGAAGAAGCAUGCAGCCCACCCCAUUUUCUGCAGCACAGUACGCCUUUUCUCACCUUAGUCACGAGCUCUCCGGAACCACGUACCUGUCCGUACUUGGGCAAGUUCACAGUGACGGAUGUGAAUCGGAAUCAACGGAACACGCGCGAAAGCCGCAGGAGCCAGCAUCAGCAGGAAUCUCUGCUCAUUCGACACGACGGCGAAAAGGUGCGGCAUGCUCAAGAGAGAAAUGAAGACCGGCGAAGUCGUAAGCUGGAUUAUGAAGUCGAGAAGAGGCGGGCCAACAAUGAGUAUCUCGUCCACGAGAGGAUGGGUCGGCGAGCACGUUCGAAUCGCGGCAAUCGAAGUCGCAAGGACUACAGCCUGGAAGAAAUGUCCUCAUCGAGGAAAACUUCGGAGCUAGAAGAGACUUUCCGGGAUCUACGAGAACGCGCCUUGCGAUCGAAGGUUAGACGAUCGGGCGAUUUGGAGCAACGCGUCGCCGAGAGCUCACAUUCUAAGACGAGGAGAUCGCGCGCUGUCGAAUAUCUCGAGAAAGAUACGAGAUACGCGAUGGAUCGCGGAAGAGUUGACAAAAACGAGGGUGAGACGAUUGAAGACGAGGUGAAUUCGAAAGAUAAGACGAACAGAUCGAGAAGAUACCCAAAGAUAGAAGACUUUCAUCUGUAUGACGUUGAUACAAUCAGACGGUUUUGGGCCGCCGAUUCGGACGACAGCUGGACCUCCAGUACAUUGCAAGUGCAAGACGAUUAUUUCGGGGAUUAUUUAGACGCCGAUAGUCCGCCGCGAAAGAGAUCCGCGUCGGGGAAUCCAGUCGACAAGGGUAUGACCUAUAAGGAUCUUCUGAGAAUGAAGAGGGAACUCGAGGAACGCGAGAGAGAUGAGGAUAUUCCUGAGAGGAGGGAGAAGAGAAACGAGGAUGAUUCAAGGUGCAGUUCUGAGGUGACGACCUUAACCGUGGGUUGCUCCACGGCGGACAGGAUGGAGUUUCAAAGUGACUGCGUCGACGAUGACGCUAUCACUGCCUACUCCUGCCAUGGUAGAUGGUUCGACGCCGAGGGCACGCAGUUCGUGAUCGCCACCCCGUUGGCGCGCAGAACAACGUGGUCGAACAGCGAGAACAACAGGGCGCAGCCCUACAGAAACAGCCGUAGACUGUGCUUCAUGUACAAAGAGAGCGGCGGAGUUGUCAGUUUAACUGCCAGCACCAUAGCGUGUCAGAGGGGCAUCCCACCGCCCACGCCGAUGUUGGCCUUCAACGCUACCAGCACCGGCCAGUGCAUGGAAGCGAACGGCGGACAGAUCAACCGAUCGACGUACCUGACGAUCGUCCUGCUGACGGCGGUCACCGUGAUAUUCAGGUGA